AUGAUUUUCAAAUCAAAACUUCCUGAUAUCGAAAUUCCAUCUAUUGGAGUCUAUCAACAUGUAACGAGUAAUCCUUAUAAUAUUUCCGAAGAUAAAGAGAUUUUUGUCGAUGGAAUAACGGAUAAAAAGCUAUCCUUCGGUGAAUUUAAAAGGAAGUCAAAGAGAUUUGCUGCGGGACUACAUGAUAAAGUUGGCUUUCAACGAGGUGAUGUUUUGGCGAUUAUUUCGCCGAACCAGGUUGAUUACCCCAUUGUAUUAUUUGGCGCAAUCGCUGCUGGCGACGUUGCCGAAAUAUCUUUCCAAUUAUCUGACUCUGGCACUUCCGUGAUAGUUACUCAUCCCUUCUUCGUCUCUAUGGUCGCUAAAGCUGCUGCUGAGGCUCAAAUUCCUCAUUCCAAAGUAUUUUUAUUUGGUAAUGAAGAGGUCGAUGGGUUUCAGCCGUGUAGCUCAUUAUUUGUUGAUCGAGACUUCGAGCCUAUUGAGUACACACCAGAAGAGUCUAAGAACACCACUGUACUUUUAUGUUAUAGUUCUGGCACUACUGGGAAAAGUAAAGGUGUCGAAACUACACACACUAACAUGAUCGCAAGUGUGAGACAGAUGGUUUCAUUUGAAACAGAAUUUGGCCCGCACAAUAUUUUUAUGGGGAUACUGCCAUUUUUUCAUAUUUAUGGAUUGCAAGUUCUUCUUCAUUUCGCUUUAAUAUUGGGUGCUUCAGUAGUACUUCUUCCAAAAUUCGAUUUAAGGACAUUUUGUUCCGUAAUUCAGAGUUACAAGGUCAACUAUGCACACCUCGUACCUCCUAUAUUGCUAUUAUUAGCCAAAAGUCCAAUUGUCAAGGAGUAUGACUUGUCAAGUUUACGAACAAUCACCAGUAGUGCUGCUCCUCUUAGCACACGAUUGGCGGCUGAUAUAUAUAAGAUUUAUAAUAUUCACGUCAAACAAGGAUACGGACUCACCGAAGCAUCUCCACUUGUUUCUCUUGUUGAUGAGAAAAAUAUUGUUCAAGGCAUCAUGAUAUUUGAUAUUUUAAAAAGUUCUAUUGGAGUUAUAGUAUCUAAUAUCGAGGCUAAGAUAAUAUCGGAGGAUGGAAAAG